AGAGAAGAGAAACUUAAGAGCUAGGGAAAGGUGUCAACAGAGACAGACAGAGAGAGAGUGAGAGAUAUAACCAGGAAGGGGAAAGAGACUGUAGGUGGUAGUGUGAGAAGUAGAAUUACAGGUCAGAGUGAUAUUUUUAUGAUCAGUGUUAGAGCUACAACCUGUUAAGGUAGAGUCAACUUAAAAGUUCUCCCCCUGCUUUCCUCGCCCUCUCUCCACCUGUGACCAUGGAGCACAGAGGUUCAGCUGGGUGUGUUGUGUUUGUGUCCCAGGCCCCAGAGGAGCCCCAGCCUGGGCCCUGCCCCCGUGAGGGUGUCCCCCAUGUGUCCCUGGAGACGCUGGGCCAGCUAGAGCUGUGGCUGCAGAAAGCCCAGAGGAGCCUGAAAGCUGGCGGAGCAGUGGCUUCCAUCAUGCUGGACAGCAUUGAGCAGCAACUCCUCACCUGCCAGGAGAUGUUCCUGGAGAUGGAGCGGGGGGUUGCCAGCCUGUCGGCGCUGGACCAGCAGCAGGAUGAAGCGACGGAGCUGCUCUCCUCCAAACUGGAGCUCCUGAAGGCCAACCUGCUCUCCUUCCAGCAGCUGCUGCAGGACAGGCAGGGAGAGGAGAGAACCACCAGCCACAGAGAGCCACAGCAACAGAAGUUGGUAGCUCAGCCAGAGCGCCCACUGCUGUCUCAUCUGAAGCGCCGCAGCAGUGUUCAGGAGAUCUUCUCCUCACGGAGAAACAAACUGCUCCGACAGAGCAGCCUGCAGCAGAAGAAGGAGUUGGAGCAGCAGCUGACUGAACAGAGAGGACUGACCCAGGCCAUCGCUCGGGCGGGCAGCAGAGCUCCACUCCACAGCCAGCUGUUGCAGCGGGGGCCUCCUGCUGAGGCUGAUGUGGAGGAGGACUCUGCUCAGAAGAAAUGGGAUGGCCUUCACAGUGGGCUGCUGGCUCUGGAGGAGAGCUGGCUGCUUCCCCCUGCCGAGGUGAUGGACUCAUCUACGAGGCGUAGUGAUAGAACAGCAGGAUGCAUGAUUGGCUCACAAACCCUGAAAGAGCUCCGAACCCACAUCAGCCAUCUGAGAGAGCUGGGACUCACAGCGACAGAGCCUCAGGAUCAGUCUGACCAGGGACAAGGACUCCAAAUUGGCGGAGGCUAG